GCCUGCUGUCCGCAGUUCGCAGUUUCGCGCUCACCGGCGUGGCUCGUACUAAUAGGAGGAAAUUUGUGUUAUUCGUUCAUUCACAGUUUCGCACGUUGUCAACUUUGGUUUACGUCCUCACGUGUCUUUCAUUCAAUCGUGAUCAGUUACGUGAAAGUGUUUCAUGCGUUGUUAAAUCGCCUCUUGUGCAAGAACUCGAGCAAUCUGAUACGAUCAGCGUAUACACGCACACUUACCUUGCAGAAUUGCGGCAGUAGCUAUGACAAGAAAUCGAUGACCUGUACGUGAAGCGUUCCCCGCUUAAUAUCUUUCUUGACGAUCGAAAUUUGACGGAUGAACCAUGUCGUCGUCGAGGCCCAGACGACCUAGCGUAUCGAUCUAUGAUUAUCCGGAACAUCUGAAUCCGUUCAACGAUGACACGACAAAUUCUCAGUCACAAGUGCAUCACGAGGGUAAAUCAUCGAAAGAUUCCAAGCACAAAUUCUGGACGUUUGGCAGAAGCCAAAAGAAAAGAUCAAACAGCUUCUCGAUCAAAUCGACUUGGAAUGGAUUGUUCGGAAAACGGAAAGAAACUUCAGAACCGAUAGAAAAGAGAUCGACGAUUACAACAGUUUCGACUACGUACAAAAGAGAGCCUUACGACAGCAAACCGACAAUACCUUCACGAUUGUCUAAAGAUCAACAGGAAUUUGAUGAAGCCUUAGGAACUUUGACAAGGAGAAGAAAAUAUACUUUCGACGAUAAUACCUCGAGAUAUAGCUCGAAUUUAACGGUAAACGGGGAUCCUGCUAGGAUCUACGAUGGAAAUCCUCAAAAUACUACAACUUCUAUCAUGAGCGUCGAUCUCACUCCGAAACCACCAGUCAGAAGAUUUGGACAGGUGAGUCCAAGACCGACGGACAAGAUACCAUCUUUGGAUUUCGAAAAUAAGCAAUCCAAACAAAAUGGUAGUGUUAAUUGUCACGAUAAAUCGGAAGAAAUCCCGAUUCCACCAAUGCGAAGAUUCGGCAAUAGAUCAUCACAAAGGUUGAAUGGAAUCACGUUGGAUGCUGAAGAAGAUUCGACCAAUCGAUCCACUAACAUUAGCUUGAGAGAUGAGAACGAAAAUAUGCCCGAGGAUUAUGUUUUCAAGAGAUUCAAUCAGGACGCUGUGAGAAGAUCGAAUUUGUCCAUCAACAGCUGUAUAUCAGUUAACAGUACAACAAGUACGUACGGUCGCAAAAAACGGAGAGCACCGCAACCGCCAAAACAGAAGGAACAUUUGGAUACCCCUCUGGAAGGUUAUCAACCUACAGCGGAGGCCAAUAAAACAGAAUCCAUACCAGAAACGAGUAAACUUGAACUCCGAAUAAUCGAACCGAUCGAUCAUAUCGCCAGGAUCACAAAAAAUAACGAUGAAAUGAAAAGUUAUGAAGAAUUGAGCGAGACAUCGUCUCGGAAAGAAGAAGAGCAAACCGAAUUACAUCCGAAAAUUGCGGAGAAGAUGGCCGACAACACUUUGAAGAAUAAUGAUAGGAAAAAUGAAACAUGUGAUAUUUCUAAGGACUACGAGUAUGAGAAGAAAAAAAGAAAGAAUUCUUCAAAAGAAAACAUAAUAUCUAACUCUAAUGAAAGAUCAGAGAAAACUGAAUCUGAAACGAGAAUAACUGAGAAAUCAAAUAAGAACGCAAAUAUCAUUGUUAAGGAUUCUAUCGAAAAAGAUUCCGUAGAUGUAGAAUAUAGAAGAACAUCUCAGGAAAACAUCGAAAUCAUCAAGGAUGUCGAAGAAAAAUCUGAUGAAGUUUGUCCGAGAAAAAAAGAUUCGUCUAGCACGUUAUCACGAAACGACAGUUUUUCCGUGAAAGAGGAAAUUGAAAAGAUUGAAAAGCAGAUUAAAGCAUUGGAAAAUAAAAACGCAUCUAAAGAACAAGAAGAUACUGACGAUACAUGUUACGAUGAUUCGAUAACAAGUACUAGAUUAUCUAUCGAAGCAAAUCGUCGGCACUUUUUCGAAAAUAUGGUAGACGGACCAUCUGGUCCAAUUAAGUUGGAAUUUAAAAAAUUACCACGUGAGCAGAAGGACAUACAUGUGGUCAGAUUAACGGAUCCACCAAUACCAAUCGCAGCGUCUCGUGACCCAGUAAAGGUGAUCGAACUACACAUCUCCGAACCGAUCAGGCAUAAACCCGAGCUCUUGGAUGAGGUAAAUCCCAUACCGAAACCCAGAAGACACAGUGCGCUUAGUCUAAGAGACACAACUGAAUCUAGAUCAAAAGACGAAAGUAAAAGCUUAAAAGAUGAUGAUAAGAGAGGAAAAUCCUUCUAAAAUUUUUAAGUUUCGUCCAUAUCUUCCUAAUGAAAUUUAGUUGUUUCCGUGAUUUCUAUUGAAAGAAUGAUUGUGUUUAGGAAUUUCGAAAAUCUAUUGUAUUUUAUAUGAACUAUUAUUCAAAGACUGUAAGUACAUUCUAUACUGUGUCUUCGUUUUCUUAUUAGAGUGCAAUGAUUUCAUACUAACGCGUCGAAUAUACUUUUCUGCAAAAAUAUUUGCUGCAGAGAGAGAAUC